AUGGAACAGUUUGCGUUCAGACCCUUACAGGCCCACGAUGCAUGGCUAAAGAUCCAGACAAUAAUUGCGACAAGAAAACAUGCUCUGCGGGAAAAACGUGCGAGUACAGUGAACCAGAAUGUAAUGCGGACACGGUAUGCUAUGCGGAACCCAAGUGCAAGAACCAACUACCCCAAAUUACACCUGUGGAGCAAGGCACACAAAUGGUCGCUAACACAUUCAGUGCAACAGAUAUGCGCAUCAACCUGCCAGGUCAGCUCUUAG